AUGAACGCUGAAAAAAUGAACGCUAAAGAAGAGCAUGCCUCUGUUGCCAUGAUGUCUGACAACAGUGAUGAUAACGAGGACAACAAAGACACCAACUACCAGGGAGGAAAAACCCAAGCCGAGGAAGAAGAACUCAACAACAAUUCAACCCCUUCAUCAUUUUCCGUUACAUCAGUCACGAUCACUGCAGCGCCUCGACCAAGCGACGUCUCCACAAUCGGCAGCGAAAUAUCAACGGGUUCAGCCAAGCCCAAGAAUAACAAUAACAUCGCACGUUUCUUCAGGCCUGCUGACGGACAUACCGUUAACCUUCCUGCUUACAUCGCAAGAUACGUCAAAGACGACCAUGUGACUUUCCGCCGCUGGCCUGUUGGAGAAGAAGGUGCAGUCGCUUUUACUCUGGACCAACAGGGAUACAUAGUCACCGAAGAGAAAACCUUUCCCCUACCCUCUGGAUCAAGCGAGGUUUGUCAAGCUAUUGCCAAGCUAGUGCAAGCCUGCCACAAGCGUUGGUAUGACGGACUCAUGGUAUGGUUUGUGGCCACACAGUAUGCCCACGUCACAUUGUUCUUCGCUAAGGAUCAAGUCGCCGAGCUCCGCAAAGAUGCCAAUAACAUAGUCAACACCAAGCUGUGGUAUUGCUCCAAGUACGAUACCUGGAACAGAGAAACCCAUGUGGGCAAAGCGCAAGCUCUGAACCAGAAGAAAGAUCCAACAACUCUCUCGGUUCUCUACCGUUGUGUGCAUCCGGGUGAGCGCACUAUGCGAUUCAAGAACACCCAUGCAUGCAAAACGCAUGGCAUUUGCUCAGAGGAGAUGAAGUGCCCAGAAGGAGUGGACCUGCACUCGUGGGUGCAUAACCAGGUUGUUGGUGUCAUGCUUGGAAUCCGGACAAAAUCAUUGUUGGAGACCCUUACAGAAGCAGAGUUGGAGGCAUCAACCAUACGCGAGUUUGAGCAAAAGAUGCAGAGCAGGGAUCUGAAGCUUCUCUCCUUGAAAGUGGAUACACAGAACCCAGUCAAGGAAGAGGACUUCCUCACCUGUGACAUCUGUGGAAUAGGGGAAGAAUACGAUGGACAAGAUGAAGCGGGCUUUGUGGUGAAGCAAACUGGAACCAAGUCCUCUACCAAAACCACUGGCUAUAUAUUCCGAGACCGAUACACCUGGGGCACAAAGGUUGUUUACUGCCACCUUGGUUUCCCCUUCCAUCAUUUCUUCACUGACAAGAUUGCCACACAAUAUGCACCCAAGGGAAUAUCCAAAACCAAAAAACUUGGCACAAGGGGCCAAAGGUUGCAAAAGUUCAUUUCAGUCUCGCUAGAGCGCCAGGAUUCGUUUACGUCUCUACCACACAGAACAAAUGCGGAGAACAAGCUUUUACCACGCAUACCCAAUCAGACACAGGAUGCGCCUUUCUCCCCGAAGGCCAAGAAGACCCUUUUGCACCAGGUUGGAUCUCAAUCCUCGACUGCUCAAUCCACGGGCACGAGCGCACCUGCGCACACACCCGAGUCCCAACCCUCUGGACACAAACGGACACAAACCCCCGCGGCAUCCAAUGUGGUGAAACGGCCCCAACAAGCCAAUGCCACAUCCACUACCGCCACAUCCACUGUGGCCAAAACCCCUGCGGCAUCCACUGAGGCGAAACGACCCCAACAAGCCAAUGCCACAUCCACUACCGCUACCCAACCGCCGCCCAAAACCCUAACCCCAACUACUACUCAAUCCACUGGCACGAGCAAAAACGAGGAACCUGCGCGCACAUCCAAGCCCCAACCCUCUGAACCCAAACGGACUCAAACCCCUGCGGUAUCCCCUGAGGCGAAACGGCCCCAACAAGCCAAUGUCACAUCCACUACCGCCACCCAACCGCCCCAAGUCUUAGCACCAAAGCACAAGGAUGAUCCAAUCCCACCAUCCAAUUACUGCCGAGUCUGUCGCGACUUGAAAGGAGGUGUAGUCAAGCCCUGUGCAUUUUGCGGUCACGAAGUUCACUCCAUCUGCUACCACAAAAUUGUCGACUACACCACCAACCCUGCAGAUUCUCGUACAACAUCCAAAACGCUGACCCUCGUUUGUCACAGUUGUUGUGGCUACGGUCGACUCGUCCAGAACGAGACCAAGGAACUGAAUGUGACAGCAAAGAGUUUGGUUCUACCUCCAUGCGUUGAUACAUUGGUAAUACAUUGUAAGGAUCACACAGCCCAGGCGCCCUCCAGCCCGCAAGCGCUACAAGACUUACUGCCAACCAUAUUCGGAGAGGACUACAAAACAACCUGUGGUCGGUGGCCUGGUACUUAUUUGCACCAGUUACAAAAAAAGCUCUGCAGUUUCGAUGCUUUGGACACUCCCACAAUUUACGCAAUCCGAAACAUUAGGAAGAUUGACCACGACACGUUCUUCUCCGGGUGUGUCGCUUGGAUUGACGGUCAGCUUGCAUGCCCAUUUCUGACUGGAAAAAAGGUAUUGCCGGUGGAGUUGGGACAUGUUAUCUUCGACAUGGCUUGCUGUAUCGCGGCGGUUGGAGCGAUUCAGGAGCUAUUGGGCUGUGAUCACUACCGCCAUACCAGAACAAAGGAUGCACAAGACCUGGUACAGUCCUACUAUGAAAAUGGAGUUUUGAACCAUCCCGCGUUGAUAUUGGCACCAACAGCAAAGCCGCCCAUGAAGAAGAAGAAGACGAGGAACAAAAAGGUCAACGAUACCCCUGCAAGCGCCUUCGACGGGUUAGAUAAGGUCAUCGAAAAGAGGCAGAAGGAGUCAGCCUAA